UGGUGUUCUCCGUUUCUCUUUAAACCCCUCUUCUCUCAAAUGGAUUAAACAUUCAGUCAGCUACGACUCCCAAACCCUUGAGGCUAUCUUGCGCUUCGACCCCUUCUAAAUUGCGCCGAUGGAGAACAACUCCUACACUACUUCAUACGCUGAGUCCGGCGACUCGUCUCCUCGGUCGCGAGAAAUCGAGUUGGAAAACCCGCCGCCGUGGGAGGAACAACCACCGUCGUCCAACAACUACAAAGUCAAAUUCAUGUGCAGUUACGGCGGUAAAAUCCACCCUAGACCGCACGACAACCAGUUAACAUAUGUCGGGGGCGAAACUAAGAUCUUGGCCGUGGAUCGCAGCAUCAAAUUCCCCGGGAUCAUUUCGAAACUCUCGGCUCUCUGCGACGCCGACGUUUGCUUCAAGUACCAGUUACCCGGAGAAGAUCUCGACGCGUUGAUAUCGGUCACCAAUGACGACGAUCUCGACCACAUGAUGCACGAGUACGAUAGGUUGUAUCGGGCUACGGCGAAACCGGCGAGGCUGAGGUUGUUUCUCUUCCAGGUGAAUCCGCCGCCGGCAACGCCAUCGAGUUUGGCAUCGAAUGAGGGGAAGUUAGAUAGGGAACAGUUUGUGGAUGCUCUGAAUUCCGUUCCAGUACAAUCGUCAACGCCGCCGUCAACGGUGGCGCCGCCGAACCAUAUGGACUUCCUGUUUGGUUUGGAGAAAGGAAUGCUGCCUCCGGUGGUUGCGAAACUCCAGGAUCAGAUUCCGGAACCUGUCCCUCCAAUUCCUCUUCUGGUUCCUGCCGUUGAGGAUCGGGUUAUAGGAUCCGAUCCGAUCCAGAGGCAGAUCCAGGAUUUGCAGAGGUUGCAAAUUGAAGUUCAAGAGCAAGCAAGAAAAUUUGAUGAUCAAAUGGCCGGAGGUUUCAACAGAGACUAUUACGUUCAGAAGAUGUCGGAAAAUUUGCCGCCGUCGACAUUACCAGUUACUGUGCCGGGAACGAUGUCACUUCCGCCUCAGUAUUGGCCAGAAAAGCAAAUCAUGAGUGGAGGAUUUCCGGCGACUACGAUUGGAACAGAUCAACCUGUAUACAUGAUUCCAGCUCCGGCGGGAAUGUAUCACACGCCGAUUGCAAGGCCGGUGACUGGUCCAACCGGUCAGGGAUACUACGCGGUGCAGAGGAUGCCACCGGAAGUUUAUCGGGACCAGACGGUGUACGGUGUUAUGCCACCUCCGGCUGCUGCGCCACCUACACUGCCGCCUCAAGUACCGAAGAUGGCGGCAUACACGGAAGGUAUUGGAAUGGUACGGCCACCGACACCAACAACAGGGGUUGUGGAUACGGGUUACACACAGGUGGCGUACGAUAAUGGGAUGGGGAGGCAGGUAUACUAUACUGCGCCGGGAGUUGUAAUGCCGCCACAGUAUCAGGGAAUGGCGGCACCAGGUGUCAGCGCCGAAAUGAGACCAACGCUGACUGAAGAAGCUAAUGUCGUGGCAACAAAGGUAUCCCAAGCUUUAGUGUGAGUACAAGGUAAAUACUAGUCAUUAGAAGGGCAAAAAUGACUAUUUCUUCGGAGGCAACCAUUACAGAUUUACCUACAGUGCGAAAAUAUAAAUGGAGUUUGUAUUUUGGCUAUUUGCUGUGGCUUUUGACAAUUUUGUAUGUUUCAAGUGAAAUUACUGUGUAUUCAUGUGCUAAAAACUUUAUAAAUAAGGUUUAGUUUUA